GGUCCCUACACAGAGUUUUCCUUUGGAGCCCUCGUAGGGAGUUUGCCCUUUACUAGUUCUCACCUGGUCGGGUGAAGGUUGAUCGCUUCUCCAGGAACUAGAAAAGGGUCGUUCUCUCUUCGUUUGCGUCUUUUUGGCUGGUUUCAGUGAGCAACAACACUGCGGGCAGGAAUCCAAGCAUUAAAAAAAAAAAAAAAAACAUUGUGUGGUUCUGCACCCCUCUGAAGGCUCUCUGUGUAGCUGUAGAGCUGCAUUGCCUGACAGAUCUUCCGUAGCCAGUCACUUCAGAUACCAAGGAGUAUCAUGCCUGAGAAGAGGUUGGUUUCCUCACUGGAAAGACUCUGCCUGGAGUAUGUGGCUAAGAAUCUGGACCAGGUCUGGGACAAAGAUUUAAUGGACAACCACCUUGCUGAGUCCUUUGUCCCAUGGCUGAUCUACAUAAGAUGGGAGGCCAAAACCCUCACCUCUGCCGUGCUGGACACUCUCCUGGUGCACCAUUUGAGGACACUGAAACUGAGUUUUUGCCCAGAGCUGGUUGAUCAGGCCCUUAUCCAGACCAUCGCAGUGCGCUGCAAGAAGCUGACCUUGCUGGAUCUCUUUGACUGCAGCAAUGUUCCUGCAGAAAGUCUGGCGCAACUGGUGAAAGGCCUGCCGUGUCUCAGGCAGCUGGACCUCUCCAUGACCCAGUGCGACACCCAAGUGUUGUCGGCUGUGGCCUCUUCCUGCCAGUGCCUUCGUGAACUGGCUAUCGUCGAAUGUGGCAAACUCACCCCAGAUUCCCUCCUCUAUCUGGCCUAUGACCCCCUCGUUGGCUCCUUCAGGGCCCUGGAAUUGCAGAGGCUCAUGGCUGAAGGACUGGAGCAUGAUGUGAACCGACAAGAGCAGGUUUGGGUUCUGGCCUUCGUGGUGCUGGCUUUGCCGAGCCUCAAGUUCCUGGUUCAUGACCUCCUCACAGAGGCCGUGUCCCUGAUCCACAGGCAGCAAUUUGACGCGGCCCAGAUGCCUCCUGGGUUUCCUUCCUUAAAGGAACUGGCACGGGGCAGAGUGACCACCCCCGCAAACGACGGGAUUUUGAGACCCACCUUGGCCCUCCAGUAUAUGGAUAAUGUGAACCAGUCUAACCUGACUGAUGUCUGUGCCCUGUGCCCAGACUUGGUGCGGGUGGCCAUGGACCCAGGAGACAGCCCCAUGUGGGCCCAACGGGUCUUGUCCUACCGCUGCCUCUCCCAUCUUACGAUCAGCUGCAGGAAAGAGAAGGACCUGAUGGAGCUUUUGCCGGUGACAACCAACCUUGGAGCCCAGCUUCUGUACCUCUCCAUUAGUGGCUUCUCCUUUAUAGAUCCGUUCUCUUUCCAUAACCUUCUGAGGCAUUGUGGGAAUCUCCAAAAAUUCAGGGCCUCUUUCCUCUCUCCGGAGAAGGAUGAGGAGGGCGGGCAGUCAGUUGAUGAAGCUAUGGAUUGGGACUUCGGCCUCUUCCCUCUCGAGUUCCUUCAGCUUUCUGACUUCUCCUUGGAGCAUUCUGACAAGGGGAAUCCUCUGCCUUUUCGCCAUGCGAGGGUGUUGAGGGAAUGUUUAGUAUCCGUGAUGAAACAUUCCCCGUUGCUACGAAGCUUGGAUCUGGUCCACUUGCCUUUCUCCUUGGAUGAUGUUUUUCAGGAGGUGCUGAUGUGCCCUGCCCUGCUCCACCUCUCUACGCUCAUGUUCGAUAAUGCCCAGGUGUCCAUGUGCACCAUUGACCUCUUGUUGUCUUCAAAGAAUCACCUUUUUUACAUCUACUUGUACAGAUGCCCAGACAUUGACAUGGCGGAAUACAAUAAGAUCCUCCACAAAAUUGAGAGGGAGGGUUUUAAUGUACAGAUUCACUUAGACUGAAAAUUCAGCUAUUCUGAAUUUGGUAGCUACACUUACUGUAUGUUAUAGUCAAGAUGUGCUUUGUCUUCUUUUUAAAUAAAAGUUCAGCCAAGAUGCUGUAUUUUUAAAAAAAUAAAAUGG